AUGAGUUUCAGGCUGGAGUGCUCAGGAACGGGAAACUGGGUGCAGAGCUUUGGACAUGAAGGACUUGGGUUGCUCCUGGACACGCUGGAAAAGCUCCUCUUCAAGAAACAUCUGGAGAAAGUUCUGGAAGCCAUCACCAGUGAGGGUGAGCGCCGGGAUCUUAGCCGCUUCACCCCCAUAGUGUUGGGCCUGAAAGACCGGUCUGUGCCACUGCAGGCCUCAGUAUUUUAAGGUCAUAGAUGAGUGCGUGUCACAGAUUGUUCUACAUCGCAGUGGCACCGAUCCUGACUUCGCCUACCGCAAACGUCUGGAUGUGGACUUCGGCCAUCUGAUAGAUAUAUGUGUGGAUAAAGCUCGGGCUGAUGAGUAUGAGCAGAGGGCGUCCGAGUUGGCACAGAAGUUUGAUGAGGAAUUCAUUGGACGCCAGGAAGCAGAAGCUCAGCUUCUGAAGAGAGAUGAGAGGAUCACAGAGCUGGAAGCAGAAGUUCAAGCCUACAGGUCUCAGUUUGGAGCAGUUGCCGUCCCCUUAGCCACAGUGCACUCUUCGUCCUCCUCUACCUCACCAGCGGGACCUCCUCCUCCUCCUCCCCUUCCACCUGGUCCUGGAGGAGGCGCUCCACCACCGCCUCCCCCACCCCCGCCCCUGCCGGGCGGGAUUCCUGCUCCCGCCAUGAUGCCCCCUCUGUGCGGCGUGCCCCCGCCUCCGCCGCCCGGCGGCCUCCUGGGCUCCCCCACACACCACCAGCUGCCUUUCGGCCUGCGGCCCAAGAAGGAGUUCAAGCCUGAGACCUCCAUGAAGCGCCUCAACUGGUCAAAGAUUCGGCCACAGGAGAUGUCGGAGAGCUGCUUCUGGAUCGUGGCCAAUGAGGGCCGCUACGAGAACCCUGACCUGUUUGCCAGACUGGCCAACACCUUCAGCUCCAACAGACCUGGUAAAAAAAAUGAGGAAGGUAUGGAGCAGAAGAAACCUUCUAUCAAGAAGAGAAUCAAGGAGCUGAAGGUGCUGGAUCCAAAGAUUGCCCAGAACCUCUCUAUCUUCCUGGGCUCUUUCCGCAUGCCUUAUGAAGAGAUCAGAAGAAUAAUCCUGGAGGUCGAUGAGGAGCAGCUCUCUGAACCCAUGAUCCAGAACCUGGUGAAGCAUCUUCCAGAGCAGGAGCAGCUGAAUGCCCUGGCCCAGUACAAGAGCGACUACGACAGCCUGUCUGAACCUGAGCAGUUCGGAGUCGUGAUGAGUAGUGUGAAGCGUCUGAAGCCACGGCUGAACUCCAUGCUCUUUAAGCUGCAGUUCGAGGAGCAGGUGUGCAACCUGCGGCCGGACAUCCUGGCCGUGAACAGCGCCUGCGACGAGGUGCGUAAGAGCAAGAGCUUCAGCAGGCUACUGGAGCUGGUGCUGCUGCUGGGAAACUACAUGAACGCCGGCUCCCGCAACGCCAAGUCCUACGGCUACGACCUCAGCUCCCUCUGCAAGCUGAAGGACACCAAGUCUGCAGACCAGAAGUCCACUCUGCUUCACUUCCUGGCUGAGGUGUGUGAGGAGAGGUAUCCAGAGGUACUGCACUUUGUGGAUGACCUACAGCACGUGGACAGAGCAAGUAGAGUUUCAGCAGAGAACCUUGAGAAGAGUCUCCGUCAGAUGGAGCGGCAGCUACAGCAGUUGGACAGAGACCUGCAGACCUUCAGCUCCCCUCAGGACCAGCAAGACCUGUUCACCAUCAAGAUGACCAGCUUCUCCCAGCAGGCACGGGAGCAGUACCAGAAGCUGGUCACCAUGCACAGCAACAUGGCCGCCCUCUACCAGAACAUGCUGGAGUACUUCGCCAUCGACCCCAAGAAGACAUCCAUUGAAGAGCUGUUCACCGACCUCAGCAACUUCAGGGCUAUGUUUGCGCAAGCGGUGAAGGAGAACUGUAAGCAGCGCGAGGCGGAGGAGAAGCAGCGGCGGGUGCGACUGGCCAAGGAGAAGGCUGAACGUGAGAAGCAGGAGCGCCAGCUCAAGAAGAAGAGGCUGCUGGAGGUCAACGCAGAGAACGAUGAGACGGGGGUGAUGGAUAGUCUGCUGGAGGCUCUGCAGUCUGGCGCUGCCUUCCGAGACCGCAGGAAAAGAGCACCACGGCCCAGAGAUGCACCGUCUCAAACAUUGAGCCCCAGCACUCAGCGACCCAUUCUGAGGCCCAGUACCCACGAGGAUACCCCUCAGUCAGUCGGACCCUCCUUCCAAAGACCCAUCCUCAAGCCUUGUACCCACGAAAACAUACGGCCCCCCCUCCAGAGGUCGCGCUCACGGCAGAACAUGGGGCUGACCUCAUGUGCCCGGCCCCCUGCCGCCCGUGAUCCCCAUCAGGAGAUCGACCCCCGCCGAGGCACGGGCCAGCGCGUCGAGCGGGAGAAGGAGAGAGAGAAGGGAAGAGAGAGCCCCACCGCGCCUUCAGCUCCUCUCACCAACGGCGGGGACACAGACGUGGAGGCCCUGCUCGCUCGACUCAGGGCGCUGUGAGCAGAAGG